CUGGACGGCAAAAGUGAAGGCUCUGGGUACAAGUUUAACUUCUGCGCAGACGCACAAUGUGUUAAAAAAAAAACAAAGCUGUCAAGUUUCGAUGUAGAAGUGGGUUAAAGAUAAAUAACGUCCUUUUUGUCUUUAAAUGAUAUGAACCAGAGUCAGAAACAUGACGAAUUUGACAUUCUGGGCACGUGGGAGAUUGACAUAUGCGAGGCAAACGAUGAAGCUUAUGAAAACUUGAAAGGAGUCCGAUUUUCGCUGGACGAGGGGGAUGAUGUGACUUGGCACCUUACAGCACUCGCUGAACAAGAAAUAUUGCCACUCUUCUCAUGCAAAACGUUUGAGUUUGAUGACUGGUCAGAAGGACGGGUGCUUCACUUUUAUAUGCCCAAUGCUGGAGAUUGGAUAGAAUUUAAGGUCUCAAUACAAAAGGAUAAUAAGGACCAAAUCAUUCUUAAAAGUGGGAAAAGUCUCAAAUUGAAUUGCAGCAGAGUCAUAGAGGAGACAGUAGUACUUCUACCAAGGUUCAGUCUGCUGGGUGCUCUUAAUGAAGGGUACUUCUCUGAUCUAAAAAUUACUGCAAGCAAUGGAGAAGAGUUUAAUGUYCACAGGACCAUUCUAUCAUGUCUUUGUCCUAUGGAAGACUGGAGUAAAGUCCCUCAUUACAUGAAGAAUCUUCCAUCUGAUGUACUUAGACUUUUUCUUCACUACCUUUAUACUGGUAGUCUGCCAGAUAAUCCAUCAGAGAGUACAGUGAAAGGAAUUCUUAGAGUUGCUGAAAAUGUACCUUGCUUCAAAGAACUUGUCAAAUUAUGUACAGAUUUUCUAGAAGCUACAGCAGUUAUAACUAGAAUAACAAACCUGCUAAAUGACAUUGAAAAAUCAAUGGAGAAUGUGUUGAGCACAUUAAACAAUUUGUGUAGUCUUAGUCAUGAUGGCAUGAUGAGGCUCAGUUUGUCAACAGAACCAAGUCAAGUCUUUGAAGUAAGCAAAAUAGUGGCUCAACAAGUGGCUGUAGUUUCCUUGAAGUUUGUUCUUCUCUGUGACAUCUUUUCUAAGAGAAAAACUGAAUUAACAAGACAAGAAAGACAUGGUCUCAUAAAGAGUAUCAGAGAUAGGAUUCCUGUGUAUGCAAAGAAAAUGCAUUGUUUACUAGUCCUGUGCCAAGACUGUCUAGUGAUGAUGAAUAUAACUCAAAAGAAAGACAUUGCAACAUACUUUGCUCCAAAAAUAGAGACAUUUCUGAAAACCUUAUCAGAAAUAGGAUUGAUAGAGACACUUGAUCAUAUAGUUGAAAAAGAAGAAAAUGAUCAGAAAAGUUCACCUCACUCAAGCUUCAGUGGUAAAUUGAGCAGAACUCUUAAAAAGGCAGUGCAUAUUCGAGAACUUAAAGUGUUAAGAAUGAUUCAAGAAGAAAUAGCAUCGCUUUUAUCAUUUUUAUUUCAAAGAAGAGAAGACUUCUGUGAUUUAUCUGCUGAUGAAAAAGUUCGUUCCAUGGUGAAAGGAAUGAAUAAAAUGAUAGAAAGAGAGCUUCCUGAUGUAAUAGACAACAUAGAGAAAGUUCCUCAAACUUACACUAGAUUGAAGUUUAAAGAGUGGAAGAGCUUACUUAAAGUUGGAACUGCCCAAAUUUCAUGUAUUCUUGAAACAAUAAAACGACACAAGAGCUCAAUAAAACCAAUAGUUGACUUCAUUCAAAAAUAUGAGCCUUUGCAAGAACUUAUGGUCGAUGUUGGACUAGCAGAAUCCGUGUCUAAAGAUGAACCACCUAUCCCACCCUAUAAACCAGAGUAUCUUGCCUCCUCCAAGACAUACAGAGCAAAUCACAUCAAUAAACUAUCAAAAGCUGCUGCGUCAAUUCUUGAAACAGGGAAGUACGCUGACAUGACUUUUAUUGUAAGCAAUGCACAUCGUGGAUGGAAAAAUUGUGUGAAGAGAGAUGAGAACGAAAGCGAUCAAGCUUGUAGUUCUACUAGUGAUAAGGUUUCCAGGUGCCAACAAAAUGCCGACAAUGGACAGAAAACAGUAGAAUUCAAAGCUCAUCGAGUGAUUGUUGCUGCACGUUGCCACUGGUUUAAAUGUGCUCUUACGAGUGGUAUGAAAGAAUCCAUCGAUAGGACGAUUUUGGUUCCAGACACAAGCCCAGCUGUGUUUUGCAAGUUUUUAGAGACAUUGUAUGGAGAAGUGAUGGACACCAAAUCAUUAACAACUGAACAGUUAAUCGAAAUGAUGAUAUUGACAGACGUUUAUGAGAUGAGCAGUAUGAAAGAUGCAUGUGAAUCAGCAUUAUGUACUCGUUUUAAUAGUGAUAAUGUGAUCUAUCUACUAAGUCUGGCUGAUCGCUACAACACUCCCAAAUUAAAGGAAGAGUGUAUCAAAUAUGUAACAACAAGUGAAGAUGUUUUAGAAUCAGAAGAAUUUGACAAUCUAACAAAAGACUUACAGCAUGAAAUAGGAUUACGAAUGGAUACUUCAAUACGAGAUGUUCUAACACAGAACAAUGAAUUGAUUAAUAGACAACUUGAAGAAUAUGGAAUUCAAAGUCUUCAAGAGUGUACAACAAGAAAGAUUUUCGAGCAACAUGCCAUUCGAUGCCACAGGGCGACACGGAUCGAAAAGUGUAUUCAAUCCUUGACUGAAGUCCUUGGGGACUCGAUUCCCAGACGAGAAUUGAUCCGCGUGACUUUAGCAGCAAAUUGUGAUGUCAACAGAGCUUUGAACUUUUAUUUCUCUUGGCAGUCUCAAGAACCAUCUUAACUGACUUUGAUUAAACACUGGAAUUGUUUUAAUGUUUGUUACAAUUAAACAGCUCAUGCAUGUGUCAGACAUGAGAUAUCUUUUAUUGAAAUAAAUAAGAUGUAUACUAAAUUUUUACAAUUGUUAAAUAAAAAUAUCAAUCUUUUGUUUUCAA